AUGUCGCUCUGCUGUACAGUAGGUUACAAGUGGGUCACUGAUGAUGACUUUUGGAAAAGGAAAAAAACAAUAAAUAAGAAACAAAUCGUGACAACUGGGAGUUGCCAACAACUAGAAACAGCUUCCACAAGUCUUAUGAAAUACUUAUUGGAAAAAAAAGAAACAACUAAAGAAAGUGAUAUUGAUCCUGUAGAUGCGUUUCUCAAAGGUAUUGGUGCUACAUUGAAGACAUUUGAUCCUUAUUCUUUAAAUUUGGCAAAAUCUAAAAUUUUUAAUACCGUUCAAGACAUUGAAAUGUCCCAAAUUUUAAACAAACAACAAUCAUGUGCUCCUUGUUUUGGCGUUUCCUGA